CGCUUCUCGCCCGCCCGCCUCCCCCUCCUCUGUUUCGCGCGCCGUCGCUCGGGGCCGCCUCCCUCCCUUCCGCGGACCCGCCCGCCGGCGCGCCUUCCGCGGGCGCGUUCCGGGGAGGGGACUGGCCCGGGAGUAGGGUUCCGCCCCUCGGCACCUGGUCUCGACCUCUGAUUUUGGGGGUUUUUGCCCCCCGGACCGGCGCGUGUGCGCGCGGGCGGCGCACGGCGCUCGAUUGCGAUUCCGAUCUCUCCUUCGGCGUCGCGCGGUUCCAGAGCAGCGAAAUGGGGAACAGCCGCCCGGGAGGGGCGCCGCCGACAAGCAGCGGGAGCGUGGCGGGGAGCAACCCGGAGGCUGUACCGGAAGCUCCCCGGUUGCGGCCGCACGGAGGGCCAGGCGCGUCGGGUCCGGGGAGCCCAGGUCGGAGCACACCCCUUCCUGGUGGUCGGGAGAGGGGUUCCGCGGGGGCAAAUGUGAUGACACCGUCUUGUGACAGGCAGCAGAACAGAGCGGUGGAGGAAGCGCCGCUCGGAGGGUCGAGGGCGGUUAAGAAGAGCAGUGUGCCCAAUUCUCUGUCAAGAGGUUCAGACGGAAGCUCUGGCUCUAGGAUGGGUGCAGAGGAGCAAGUGAUGAGUGAGCAUGCGAGCAACGGGGAUGCUGGCUCUUCGUCGAAGAAGCGGCGAAAAAGAAUGGAUGCAAGAAGCUACAUCAAGAAAUUCAAGACGGGCGUAAGACCGGGUGCCUCAGUUGUAGUUGCUUCCCCUGACAGGAUGGGCAAGGAGAACACUUCAAGCGGGCAUGUGGCAGACAGCAACACUGCUAUUCUGUGUGAAGGUAGGAGGUUGAUUGAAAAAAGCAAGGGACAUUCAAGCCAUGCUGCCUGUAAAGUUCCCAAAAGUCCUAUUUCUGGUUUACAUGAAACUUCAGACACAAGAGUUGACCAAUGUUCUACACCGCUUUCAGAGGUACAGCCACAUAAACCUACCGACGUGCAAAAUAUAGCGGCUGAAAGCAGUCUUCCAGCAAACGCUAGAGAUCCACACACUGGCCCUGCAAGGCAAAACAUUCUAUCAUCAUUGCAAACUGUGCCAAUAUCUACUAUUCAUCAAGAAGAGGUACUGCCACAUAAACGUACCGAUGUGCAAGAUAUAGCGGCUGAAAGCAGUCUUCCAGCAAAGGAUAGAGAUCGACACACUGGCCCUGCAAGGCAAAACAUUGUACCAUCAUUGCAAAGUGGGCCAAUAUCUACUAUUCAUCACAAAGAGGUUAAGAGCACACUUGGAGAUGCUGAACCUAUUAGCGUUCAGAAAGAAAAUUCAGCUCCAGGACAUCUCCAGGUGGCCCGAUCUGAUGGAACAGAUGGUAACCCCAACAUAUGUGUUGCCUGUGGUCUUGGAUCCCCAGGAACUUUUAGGUCCUGUGAUGGAAAAGGUUGCAAAAGUAGGUACCAUAUGUCUUGUCUGGAUCAAUAUUUGUCUCUUGGAAAUUGGUUCUGUACCAGCUGUACGAAAAAGAGGUUGCAGUUUGGCUUACAUCAUAUUGUUGAUGGGAUAGAGUCUGUGUGGGAUGUCAAGGCUGAGGGGAUGCAAACUAGCAAGCAGUAUUUUGUCAAGUAUAAGAAUCUGGCGCAUGUCCAUAACCGUUGGGUUCCAGAAGGUGAUAUUAGUGUCAUGCCUGGAGGUCCUGAUCUUCUUUCCUUGUUUAACAAGAGGACUCAUACUGAAAAGACAAUUUGGAAGGAGUGGACUAAACCACAUCGCCUGUUGAGGAAGAGGCUACUUGUGCCCCCAAGAUUGGCUGAGGAUUUCUUCUGUUCGGAUGAUUUCUUUUGCUCAUCUGGUGUCUCAUAUUGUACUCUUGAAUGGUUAGUGAAAUGGAGGGGUCUUGGCUAUGAUCAUGCAACAUGGGAACUAGAGACUUUAUCCUGUUUACGUACGCCGGAAGCUGACGAACUUAAAGAGAAUUACGAGAACCGCCGUGAAGCUGCAAAACAAUCAUCUAUUCCCCAAAAAACAAAGGUUAAGCAAAGCUCAUUCCAGAAACUUGAGAGAUUGCCAGAUGGGUGCCAUCCUGAUUUUGACAAUGAUCACUUGUAUUCAGUCAAUCACCUUCGAGAGUACUGGCACAAAUCCUGUGGUGCUGUUCUUGUUGAUGAUAAGGAGUAUGUAAUAAAGACCGUGCUAUUCACAAUGUCUGUAUUACCUGACGUCAGCCAACCUUUUCUGAUUCUCACAACUCCUGGUUCUCUGUCUUUAUGGGAGGUUCAGUUCAAUAAGUUGGCACCGUUUAUCAAUGUCGUUGUGUAUGACGGGGGGAAAGAUGAGCUCAAAUUAAUUCGAGAUUUGGAAUUCUAUGAGAGUGGAAGCCACUGUAUGUUACAGGUUCUCUUAUCCCAUCCUGAUGCUAUCCUAGAGGAUAUUGAACCUAUAGCACACAUUGGUUGGGAAGCAGUCAUAGUUGAUUAUUAUCAAAAGUCAGCUUUACAAUACCUCGAACAACUGAAGCAAUUUCCCACUGAUUUCAGAAUGUUGCUUGUGAGCUCCCCAAUUAAGGAUAAUCUUCCCGAAUACGUGAAACUUCAAGCAUUCCUUAAUUCUGGAGAGCAAGAAAGUUACGUUGAUACUGCUGAGACUCUUAUGAUGCUGAAAGGAAACUUCAAAAGCCAUAUUGCAUAUGAGCGUCAAGCAGGUUCUUCAAAAAUAUUGGAGCACUGGGUUCCUGCUUAUGUUUCACAACUGCAGCUACAGACAUAUUGUUCCAUACUGCUUUCAAAUUCAUCUGUCCUCCAGUCGCAGAUGAAAAGUGAUAAAGCUCUUUAUGACAUUAUUAUGUCUCUCUCAAAGUGCUGUGAUGACCCUUACCUUGUUGAUGAAUCCCUGCGACCUCCUGUCAACAAUCAUGAUCAGACUGAUCCUAUAGUUACGAGAGUGCAAGCAUGUGGCAAGCUACUGCUUCUUCAAAAAAUGCUUGAAGCAAUAAGGAACAAGAGGCUAAGAGUCAUUAUUCUUUUUCAAUCUGGUGUACCAGGUGGAAGCUCAAUGGGUGAUACUUUGGAAACUGUUGUGCGUCACAAAUUUGGCCCAGAGUCAUAUGAACGUGUUGGAUUUUGUGGAUCAUUCUCGAAGAAAGCGAUGGCACUUAAUAAGUUCAAUGACAAGACCAAGGGGAGAUUUGUUUUUCUGAUUGAAACAAAUGCAUGCCUCCCAAGUAUUGAGCUGUCAUCUGUUGAUGCCAUUAUCAUAUAUAAUAGUGACUGGAACCCACUUACUGAUCAAAAGGCUCUUCAAAGAAUCAAAAUAGAGUCACAUCUUAGCUAUCCAAGCAUUUUUCGCUUAUACACUCCUUUGACAAUGGAGGAGAAGUGGCUUGUGCUUGCAAAACAGGGCAUGCUUAUUGAUAAGAAGGAUAUAACACACAGCGCAAGCCAUUCCUUUAUCAGUUGGGGUGCAUCAUGUCUCUUCACUAGACUUGAUGAGCUUAAGCAUGACAACUGUGCAAGUAAAAACUCUGAAAGGGACAACUUUAUGGAUAAAGUAGUUUCAGAGUUCUUGAAAAAAUUAGCCACAAAUGUUGUAGGCAGCACCAAACUUAACUGCACAUGCAUAUCGGAAGCUAACAUGAGUGGUAAAUUUUACUCAAGAAACAUCACACUAGUAGGUGAAAAAGAGGAAAUGUGUGCAUUGGAUGGAGACCCAUCUAAGUUCUGGUUAGAUUUACUGGAUGGAAAAUCUCCCUCUUGGAGCUAUAUAUCUGAGCCACCACAAUCAAGCCAUAACAUCUUACAAAACAUGGAAGAACCAGCCAAAGUUCCUGCUGAAGAAGAAGCCAAUGAAACCAGAAGGAAGCGUAGAAAGGUUGGCGAAAUCACAGGUCCAUCUUCAAAAAGUUCACAUGACAACAAUCACCAUGAUGUGUUGCCUGAAAAUUCUACAUCGAGUCCUGCUCUUCAACCACUAGAUGACACACAACAAACAUUAGGGGUGGAAAAACGGAUGAGCACACCCAAGAAUCUUCACGUCCAACUUAAGAAAGAGCUGUCAAAACUAAUUACGGCCCUACAAUUGCCGGAUGAUGUAAGAGCUAUGGCUGAACAGUUGUUUGAGUAUUUUUUGAAGAAUCAUCUAGUUGUUACAGAGCCAGUGAGCAUACUGCACGCAAUCAUCAUAUCCUUGUGUUGGCAUGCUGCUUCUGUUCUUAAGUAUAAGAUAAAUUCUGGAGAGUCGAUUGCCCUUGCUGGAAAAAGCUUGAACUGUGAGUGCAAUGAAGAGCUUGCAUCAUUCAUCUAUGGAAGAUUAAGGUUCCCAGAGGGAAAAAAUCCAGAUAGAGCAAUUGAAACUAGCGUCAAUGGUCAACCAGUGUCAGUAGAGGAUACCCAAAUCUUAAUUGAAACUAGCAUCAAUGGUCAACCAGUGUCAGUAGAGGACACCCAAAUCUCAAUUGAAACUAGCAUCAAUGGUCAACCAGUGUCAGUAGAGGACACCCAAAUCUCAUGGGAGGACACCCAAGUGGUCUCAUCUGGUGCUGAUCACAUGAUCUCAGAGGAGCAGGAGCCUGUUCAAGAAACUCACAGAGAAUGUCAUUUGUCAAAGGAUGACCUUCCUAACAUGAUCGUGGAGAAAAGAAUGGAGUUAAUUGACAAUGUUUUCUCCUUGAGAGAAAAGAAUAUCCUUUGUAAACAACAGCUUGAGAUCUCAGGUUUAGACACGUACACACAGAACAACGUUCUCAGACUGAAGGCAGUGUGCACUUUAGUUCUGGAGCAUAUUCGUAAAAGUCACAUUGAUGAAGUGACCAGGAGUGACAAAAUAAAGCUAACUGUUCAGUGGUUCACUAUGCUUAUGUAUGCAUUUUUGGACCACAUGAGCCUCCAACAUAACAAACUCGAGGCACUGCAAUCUGAUAGGUGGCUUGUAGAGCGACAUCUGAAGGAGAAUCUCCACCAGGUAGCAAAAUCAGGCCAAUUAGAUCAAGACUUUGAUCAGCAUAUUGCUCUACCAGAUUCGAACUUUGUUAUGGAAGAAUUUAUCCAUUUUAAGGAGCAGAGUGGCGAGUAUCAUAUUGUUGAAAGUUCUGUGUCAGAUAACCAGCAGUCAUUAGAUGAUGGAUUGUUAAUGGAAAUUGCAUUAGUACGAAAUGAAGUUCUGUCAGGGGGCAUAUCUACACAGGCAAUGGAAAAUGAGCCAGCUGCAACUUCUGUGGACUCAGGUGAAGGACCAGCAUCAGAAGCUGUUGAUUUUCCAGGAAACUCCAUCCUUAGUUCUGAUGGCAUGGGUGCACAAAGAGCUGGUUGUUCAUCAAGUACUAUUCCUGCAAAUGAUGAUUCAGUUGGUCAGGAAUCUUCAAUUGGUGACUGUAGAAAUACUGGACAUGUUGAGGCAGAAAAUAUUGCUAAUCCAAGUAUGUUGCUGGAAGGAGCAGAUUCUUUUGUUAGGGGACUUAAUGCAAACAACGACACUGUUGAUACAGAUCAAGUCCACUUGGAGUCACCAGUUAGCCCAGCUACCUUACCAAUGUCUACUGAAUUUGAAACUCAGACUUGCCAAUCAAGUAUGCAUGUGGAACAAAGUGUAAGUGCACUCGCCCAACAAAGUUUAGCAACUUGCCAACCAAGUAUCUAUCGAGUAUGUCUCAUGAACAAAUCUUGCGAUUUGCAGCCUGAAGUGCAAAAGUCAACCUCAAUGCAAGAUCAACCUGCAGAAAAACGAGCAUGUAUUGUGGGUCCCGAGGCAGCAAUGCAGGAUCAGCCAGCAGAGGCAGAGCGAGCAGGUACCUUGGGUGCGAUAUCAGCUCAGGUUUUGCCGCUUGAAAUGCAACCAUCAUCAACCUCAACGAGGGGCGUUCCUUUUGUGUCUGGUCUGCAGAGUUCGUCUGUCCAUCAAAGUGUAGUACCUUCAUUGGAUCCACAUGCAGGUGUAGAGUUAUCGGGCAUGAUGACACCUCAUGCUAUUCAACCACCAGCCUCAGUGCCUGCGGAACAGAGUACGAGUCUGCCUGCCCAACAAAGCUUAGCAACUUUGCGUCAUCCGCCAGCAGAAACAGAACCAGCAGGUAUUCUGGCCACAGAGGCAGCUUGUGAUUUGCAGCCUGAAGUCCAACUGUCAACCUCAAUGCAGAAUCAACCUGCAGAUUCUCUUGUUAGGGGACUUAUUGCAAACAAUGAUGACACUGUUGAUACAGAUCAAGUCCACUUGGAGUCACCAGUUAGCCCAGCUACCUUACCAGUGUCUACUGAAUUUGAAACUCAGACUUGCCAAUCAAGUAUGCAUGUGGAACAAAGUGUAAGUGUACCUGCCCAACAAAGUUUAGCAACUUGCCAAUCAAGUAUCUAUCAAGUAUGUCUCCUGAACCAAUCUUGCGAUUUGCAGCCUGAAGUGCAACAGUCAACCUCAAUGCAAGAUCAACCUGCAGAAAAACAAGCAUGUAUCGUGGGUCCCGAGGCAGCAAUGCAGGAUCAGCCAGCAGAGGCAGAGCAAGCAGGUACCUUGGGUGCCAUAUCAGCUGAGGUUUUGCCACCUGAAAUGCAAUCAUCAUCAACCUCAAUGCGGGGCGUUCCUUUUGUGUCUGGUCUGCAGAGUUUGUCUGUCCAUCAAAAUGUAGUACCUUCAUUGGAUCCACAUGCAGGUGUAGAGUUAUCGGGCAUGGUGACACCUCAUGCUAUUCAACCACCAGCCUCAAUGCCUGUGGAACAGAGUACGAGUCUGCCUGCCCAACAAAGCUUAGCAACUUUGCGUCAUCCACCAGCAGAAGCAGAACCAGCAGGUAUUCUGGCCACAGAGGCAGCUUGUGAUUUGCAGCCUGAAGCCCGACUGUCAACCUCAAUGCAGGAUCAAGCUGCAGAAGAAGGAGCAUGUAUCAUGGGCGCCACUGCUGCUCGAGGUUCGCAGCCUAAGGUGCAACCAUCAACCUCAUUGGAUUCACAUGCCGGAGCAGAAUCAACAGAUGCGUUGGGUGUGGUGGCAGCUCCUGAUAUGCAAUCGGAAAUACAAUCAUCAGCCUUGAUGCAGGACCGACCUGUGGCAGCAGAAGGAGCAUGUGUUCUAGGCACGACAGUAGCCCAGGAGUUGCAGCCUGAACUGCAAACAGCAACCACAGUUCAGCAUGACCCACUUGAAAGAACACGCUCUGAAGAAAGGAGACAAGCUGGUUUUGAACCAAACACAGCAGCCAGUCCUGAGCAUGAUCUGCAGUCUGAAAUACAGCCAUCAGCGUCAAUGCGUGAUCGACCUGCAGGAGCAGAAGGAGCAGGUAUGGUAGGCAGUACGGCAGCCCAGGAUUUGCAGCCUGAACGGCAAUUAUCAACCACAGUUCAGCAUAUCCCUAUCGGUCCUGAGCAGCCUACCCAACUCCCUCCAGUCACGCCAUUAGUGUUUAAUAAUCCAACAUUUAGUGAUGAACCGCUGAGAAAUGAGUUGGAAAAAAUAAUUCAUUGGAGCACUUUGCUUGAUAAAGGCCAUGACGAUAAGAGAUCACAACUUCAGGCAGAGCGCAACCAAGAAAUAGAGAAGAUAAACAGGAAGUAUGACUCGUUACUUCAACAAGAAGAUUCCGCUCAUCGUGUGAAGCGGACUCAGUUGAAUGGUAUCUACCAGAAAGUUUACGUGAGCAAAUCACUAGCUGAGAAUUUCCAACGCGAGUUCACGCCAUCAGUUGCAUCUCAUGGGAGAUUGAUGAGCCCUGUAAUGGAUCAGCUACCCGAGUCUUCUUCAUCAGCGGCUCGGAUUGCAGCAUCGCCGCCGGUUAUCCCAUCGCCAUCCAUCGGAGCGGCAGCGCACAGUUCAGCAGGACCCAACGUCCGCCCUCCGCCGGUGGCUCUACCAUCCUCAUCACGGACGGUCCAGUCACAGUCAGCGAGGCCUGGCAAUCUCUCUGGAGCAACAUCACCGCCUUUUGUUCCAGCGCCUUCGCUACAUGCAAGCCACGGACCCGCCGGACCACAGUUGCGCCCUCUCCAGCCACAAUCAGUUCCACCCAGCAUCCUCUACAGAACAAUGCCACCUGGCAUUCCGACGCCUCGGCCACAGGGCAGCUACAGGCCGCCCGCUGGAGCAGCAGCACAGCAGCAGCAGCUGCGUGCGCCCUCUCCUCAUCUGCAGCACCUCAGGAUGCGCCCGCCAUAUGUCAUCCCCACGGACCACCACCAGCAGCAGCAGCUCCCUGCCAUCCUAGGGGUUCCAGCGGGCGGGCAGUUUGUCACGGACAGCCUAAGGCCGGCGUUUCCGCAGCCAGGCGCCGUGCUAGCCUCCAUGACUCCAGCAGGCCCGGCUCACCAACCAGCACCGCCGUCAGCGCCAGGCUCAGGCUCAGCCGCCCCGACCUACUUUGUUCCACCUGGCCGGCACACGGACCCCGUCUGGACGCCGAACCCCGCCCUCACGUUUGCCCAGCUCCAGCAGCAGGCGUCGUACCUGAACAUGGCCCUGGGCGUCGGCAGCAGCAGCACCUCAGCAGGCCCGGCGGCGCCAGGAAGCCAGCAGCAGCACGCCGGCGGUGGCGCUCACAUACCCGCCGUCCUCAACCAUCCAGGCCUGGAACCGCCGCCGCCGCCGAACAGCAACCCGUACAUGCCGGCCAGGUUCGGCGUGGAGCCUGACAGCAGCAGCGGCGACGGCGGCAACGCAGCAGGGCCGAGCGCGGAGGUGGUGUGCCUGUCCGACGACGAAGCCUAGCCGGCGCGACGUGUUGCAGGCCAUCGCUUGCUUCGCUCUUCUGCUGUUGUUGUCCACUUAGAAGCCCGGUCUAGAAAGCCUUUAGCGGCGAGCGUUAGCGUCCUUGUAGCCGAGAGAUGCGCGGGCAGAGGAACGCCCCUGUUGAUAUGGCAGCGGUUUUUUGAACUAACUCCAGUAAGUUGUUUAUACAAGUGCCGGUGGUUUCAGCGAAUGCCACGACUGGGUGGCUGAUUGACUGCCUUGCUUUGGGCCUUUGGCAGGCUGAGAUGGGUCCUUGUGAUCUCUGACAGUGUGAAUGUAAGUAAGUAGGAGUGCAUUUUUAGGGUGGUGCGAGGAUUUGGUUUGGUUUCGGCUGGGAAAUGGAGCUAGGUGAGGUGGCUGAGCUGCCUUGGAUCCCAUCCCAUGUGGUGAGAAAAUAAGCAGCCUGCUGUGGGAGGCAGAAAAUGUCUGUAAACAUGGCGAGGUAUGGUGUGGUAAGUCAACUAAAGUGCACAUGGACAUGUAUCGCAGGGGAGGAGCCCGAUCUGGGUCGGGAGGGGAAUGUGAUAUUAACUACUACUACUACUAGUGCGGCAUUAUUUAUUUAUUUAUUUAUUUAUAUUGAGAAAAAAACUGGACCAGUAUUGCACCUGGUUACCUUGUCCA